GCUGAGUGACGCCCCCGCGGCCUCCCUCUGUUUGUGCCUCUUUCUCUCUGACUGACGGCCCUCUCAUUGGUUGGUUCAGAUGGAGGGGGCGGUAACGCAGGGGGAAUUCCCCUCCUCCUCGUCUAAUGUAACAAAUGUUACUUUUCCGGUUCACUGUCACUCACUCAGCUCGGUUCAUUCAGGAGAAGUUGACCUGUGAUAAUACUGAGAGCGUCGUGCAUCAUGGAUGUUCUUAUGUCCUCCAUACUAAGGGACGAUUCACUCCUGACAGUGGCCGAGCCCGCCAUGCAGAUCUACGAGCAGCCCAAGCAGAGGGGGAUGCGCUUUAGGUACAAGUGCGAAGGUCGCUCGGCCGGCAGCAUCCCCGGCGAGAAGAGCUCCGACAACAACCGGUCGUACCCCAGCCUGCAGAUUCUGAAUUACUGCGGCAAAGGCAAGGUGCGCGUGCACCUGGUGACCAAGAACGAGCCGUACCGGCCGCAUCCGCACGACCUGGUGGGGAAGGACUGCAAGGAAGGAUUCUACGAGGCCGAGUUCGGCCCGGAACGCAGGGUGAUCGCCUUUCAGAACCUGGGCAUCCAGUGCGUGAGGAGGAGGGAAGUGAAAGACGCGAUUGUGCAGAGGAUGACCCGAGGGAUCAACCCCUUCAAUGUGCCACGUGAGCAGUUGCUGCAGACAGAGGAGUACGACCUGAACGUGGUGCGCCUCUGCAUCCAGGUCUUCCUGCAGGACGAGAGCGGCCACUUCACCCGACCGCUCAACCCCAUCGUCACCAACCCCAUCUACGACAACAGGGCCCCAAACACAGCAGAGCUGAGGAUCUGUCGAGUCAACAGGAACAGUGGCAGCGUCAAGGGAGGGGACGAGAUCUUCUUACUGUGUGACAAAGUACAGAAAGACGACAUUGAGGUGCGAUUCUUCUCUGAUGACGGCUGGGAGGCCAAAGGCUCCUUCUCCCAGGCCGACGUUCAUCGCCAGGUGGCCAUCGUCUUUAAGACUCCUCCCUACCGUGACAUAUCGAUAACGGAGUCGGCCAGCGUGCACAUGCAACUGCGCCGGCCUUCGGAUCAGGAAGUCAGUGAACCGAUGGAUUUUAGAUACCUGCCCGACAACAAAGAUCCUUAUGGCUACAACGAGAAAAAGCGCAAAAGAGAGCAAUUGAUGAGGAUAUCAGGAUUGUCAGGUGUUCCUUUCAAUAGUCUGACAAUGAACCGGCCAAAGGCGGUGCCACAGACUACCAUGACUUACAUGCGAAAAGACCUUAGCAACAUGCGGCCUUCAAUGCAGCAACAACCUCCUGUAUUCAACCAGCCCUUCCAACCAGGAGCUCAGAAUGUUAUGAUGUCAUCACAGGCUCCCAAUGUGCCAGUCAGCCAUUCGUGGCUAAAUCCCAACCCAGGAAUUUCAAUGGAUACAGUCACCGUAAACCCGUCCGUUGCCGUUAGCAAUCUUCAAUGUCAUAAUAUCAGCAGGCAACAGCAGCCAAACUCUGGUUACACGCACAGAGUGGAGCCCAGCGGCUUUCAGAACGCCCUCCCUCAGCUGUCCGUGACAGACUUGCAGUGCUUGGAUCCAGCCCCCCAAGUUCCUGUGAUGAGCCAGUUAGAGCCCCAUGUGCUCUACCAGCUGCAGCACCAAAGAAAGGAGCUUGCGUCCGAUACCAGGGAACAGAACCACCUAGACAACCAGAACCAGGGUCUGCAAACCAUGUGGUCCAAUUCCCCUACGCUCAAUCCAGCCCAGAACACCUUUAACGGGUUAGGAGGAGGUGGUUCACAAGGGAUGGGCGCUUUCCCCUUUCUCGGGGGAAUGGAAGGGGAAGAUUUUCUGAAGGGCCUGGUGGGAGCAGGGCCUCAGCCUGGCUUCCAGCUGAAGCAGGAGCCCCAGGUCAUGCGACAAGAGGCACACCCUUCCGUAAUGCAGUCCCCGAGAGAAAGCCAGGAAAAUACUUACACCAACCUGGUUCCUCGUUCUAUGAGCAACAGCUAUGAUCUAAUGACAAGCAAUGGGAUGGCAUCCGAUGGCCACUUUUCGACCUUGGCUGACUGGAUCAAAGCAACUCGGCAAAGCAACUAAAAGGAGACUGAAGCAGCUCGGAGGAAUACGCUGUGUCUUGUUUAGCCUUGAAAAGCCAGAAGUUUCGCUUCAUCCAUAUCCACAAAGGAUCAGUGGGCAUUUGCUUGGGUUAUCACAUCAGUGGGAAAAUGACGAAACAUCCUUUGGAAUCUACAACCAGACAAAGGCAUUGUUUCUAGGAGGUGCAAUUGAUUAAAAACCAAUUCCGUCUUUAGUAUAGACAUGACGAGGGGUGGUUCCUACACUUGCUUGAACAUCCACGGUGCUUGGUACGCAGCCAUUGGUCUUUGCUUUCCAAUAUUAUUUUGGAAAGAAACCAUUCCCCUAACAAAUUAGAUUUCUUGAUAUGUUUAAAAGACCAGAACCAUGCACUUUCCGAACCUUUCUGCAUUUCCAUUAAGAGCCUUCAAACCGUUUCAAGACCGGUUGUUGGUUUCCAGCCGCUGGUGUUGAGGAUUUUAGUGCAUAUCAUUUUUUUUUUGGUGGGGCCAGCCAAUCAGUUUGAGUAAACAUCCCAGUAUGAUUCAAUGCAAAGAAAAGUAACACACAUUAUUACUUUGCAGUUAAAUAUUUAACAUGUAUUUCGGUGUAACAGUUUAACUUAACAAGGACAUAUUUUUCAAACAAUUCAGUAUAUCAAUGAACAUAUAUAACUAUAUUUAUAUAUAAAACAAUAUUCAGAAUAUGAUACCAUAUCGUAACUAUUAUAAAUAUCCAAUAUAACUAUCAUAUAAUAAAUGUAUUAUAUUAAAGGAUAAAUAUAUUACAAUAUAAAUCUAUUCAUAUAAAAUCUAUUAGAACAUGUAUGUGUAUAUAUACGUAUAUAUUGAGAUGCACCUAUGAACUUAGUUUGUUGGAGAAACACCUGAUCUGUGUGUUGAGGAAAGACCAACUCAAAAGCCCCACAGCACUUUACACAAUUCAUUAUUUUGGAUAAAAACUAUGGACUAGCCGCCACUGUUAAAUCCAAGUCAAUCAAAUCGAGCUCUUGUGAGAUCAACUGGCUUUUGCAUGGCCACGCCUGGGGAUUAAACAUUGCCCUAAAUUGUAAAAAUGACCAACAACAUGCUCGUUCUUUCAAAGCCAAAGUUAGAAUUCCACAGAACUGAAUGUACUACUUUUUUCUUUGUUUUUUUUCAUGUGAAGUUAGAUUCAAUCUCAUAUUACUGUAUAGGGAAGUGUUUGGGCCCAAAAAACGUUAUGGCAGAUAUAUAUAUAUAUGAUUGCUUGCAUAUUAUUAUGGUUAUACACUUUUUUAUUGCUUUUUAUCGCAAUAUUCUUACACAUUGUACUGUUUAAUUGAUUUAUCAUAGUAUAUAGUAUUUGCUGUUUAAUCUGUGCAUACAUGUAAGCCAUAGUUGAGAGUGGAAGCAAUAACCAUGCUGAAAUGCUCGAGAACUGGCAAGGUACUGAAAUUUCCAUUGAGGAAGUGGGAGGAGGCACUUUUAGUGCCGUCUUUCCUUUGUAAUGACUAUGUCAUAACGGUAAUCGCCUGUGUUACAGAGAGUUGUCAGAGCCUGUCUACUUUGUUUCAUGGUUUUUUUCGAUAAAGAAGUUAAUGUUGUCUUUUUUUGAUCUGUAACUUGUUCAGCUGAGCUCAUCAAUAGCCUAGCUCAAGGACAUUGUGGUUGGACUGACUAUAAAUAAACCGUCAACUGUAGUCUAGCUCAUCUUAGCGUGUUGUUUUUAUUUGUAUGACCUCCAGAAGCUUUUUGGUUGUAAAAGAAAGUGUAUAUAUUUUGAUGGCUAUUUUUUUUCUAGAAGAUCAGCACUUAAUAAAUGUCUCAUUUUCCAUG